AUGGCGGAAAAAGUAGACGAGCUGUGCAUGGUAUUUACGAAGGCCGGAAUCGAGCGAGAAUGCCAGAAACGCGGCUUACCGUUAGAUGCAAGCAAGAAAGAGAUGACUAAAAGAAUCGUUCACCACGACACGGAGAUAGUAUUAAACGAAGGUCGUUCGCGUAUCAACGACGAGGCACGGAAUGGUAAACAACAUAGCGACGUUGGUAAUGGAGAGCAACACGAUGAUGAUAACGACACACACGACGAUGGUAACGGUGACGGAAGCGAUACCAAUACCAACGAUGAUGGUAAUAUUGACGACGAAGAUGAUGGAAACGAUGACAACGACGCACACGAAAACGAUGGAAGUGGUAGUGAUGCCUCAAGUAGAACUUUGGCAGUGUCCACCAGGAAAAGACUGAAAAAUUAUAUGCACUCAAAGAAAAUCAGCCAUACUCGUUCAGAGACGUGGAAGAAAGCAUUGAAACUCUCGGUGCUGAAGAUGGACAGGAUAUAA